UAACCAAAAAUUAUAAUUUUUUUUUUCAAUUAAAAAACUUUGCUGCAUUGGCAUACAUUUUUUUUUUUAAGUUGAGACCAAUAAAUCUUUUCUUUUUCCUUUCUCCUCACUUGCUUUGGAUUCUCCUCUCCUUUAGCCAUAAAAAUUGGUGAAUUGAAGAAUGUUGAAUCCCUUUGCUAUUUGAUAAACAAAUUUGAGUAUCCUUUUCUGAAUCUAACAAGAUGGCAGAUUGUUAUUGGAUCACUUUCUUGGUAGUUUUAUUUUGUCUUGUUGGAGCUUUUGAUGCUAGUGCUGGAGAUGCUGACCCUUUGUACAGGGCUUGUUUUGGCCAAUGUAAAGAGACCGGAUGUGCUGGAGAAACAUGCUUCGCCCAUUGCAAUACUCCUUUAAAUAGUUCUUCUUCUGAUGACAACUGGUACUUGAAAGAGCCUCUAUACCUGUGGUUGAAACAAGCGAACUGCCUAAGUGAUUGCCAGUAUCACUGCAUGAUUCAAAGAGAAACAGAACGAGCAACUCAUGGAUUUGGGCCUGUGAAAUAUCAUGGGAAAUGGCCAUUCAAACGUGUGUUUGGGCUUCAGGAGCCUGUUUCUGUUGCUUUCUCUGCACUUAACCUUGCAAUGCAUCUCCAUGGAUGGCUGUCCUUUAUCACGCUUAUUUACUACAAGUUACGAUCAAAUGCCGAUGAGACGACCUGCUACAGUUACACGAGUUUGUGGCACAUCUACGCGUUCUUGUCUAUUAAUUCAUGGUUAUGGAGUGCUAUCUUCCACGGUCGAGACAUGGAUUUUACAGAAAAGCUAGACUACUCAUCUGCAGUGGCGUUACUUGGAUUUUCCCUGAUUGUAUCAGUACUAAGAAGUUUCAGUGUAAAGAAUGAGGCUACGAGAGUUCUGGUUGCUGCUCCAUUGCUUGCCUUCACCACCACUCAUAUACUGUACCUGAACAACUAUCAAAUGGACUACGGAUGGAACAUGAAAGUUUGUGUUGUGAUAGCUGUUUCUCAACUUCUAAUUUGGUCAAUCUGGGCUGGAAUAAGCCAUCAUCCUUCCCGCUGGAAGUUGUGGACGGUGGUUGUUGGAGGUGGCCUCGCUAUGCUCCUAGAGAUCUAUGACUUCCCUCCAUAUCAAGGACUCGUAGAUGCUCAUGCACUUUGGCAUGCCACCACAAUCCCUCUUACCUAUAUCUGGUGGAGUUUCAUCAAGGAUGACGCGAAGUUUGGAACUUCCAACUCGAGUAAAAAAGACGAGUAGUGCUUUUGACAGGGUUUUAAAGUUCUAUAUUGCUUGAUCAGUUUUGACAUAAGAGAGCUAUAGCAAGUACUCAAAUAGUAACUCCUUUUAUGUUCCUUCUUGCAAGUAGAGGAUGUUUGUUUGUGCUAGAAAAACUAGAAAUCAAAGUUUUUCAGCCUAUAGAAGAGUGUCAUAUUGCUUAGAGGCAGAUUCAAGAUUUUAAUUUAACGGUUUCAACCUUUAGAUUAUUAGAUUGUAAUGUUAUAGUUGCACAAUGUUGACAUUACACAUUUCAUGACAUGAUUUGCACCAUAGUCUUGCUUUU